UACUUUCAUCAGCACAAUCCUUCAGUUUUAUCGAGAACAAUCGUCAAACAGGCUUCUUGUCUAUCACUGGCUGCUUGCUUUGCCUCUGCUGCAUUUUCUUCGACGAGAAUCGAAGCCUUUUGAGGACGUGAUUUGCGAUAAAAGCAUUGAUUUCUCAAAAUGGAAAUGGUGGGGAUUAGGAAAGCUACCGUGUAGAAGUAUUCAAAGCCAUAUCAUAGCAAGGUAAUUUUGUUGCCCUUGAAGUCCUUCUGACACUGAUCCAUUUGCUUUACAGCGAUGCCCGCUAUGCAUGAUGGUAGGAGUCAUCACUUUGCAAUCGAACUACAUGCAUGUCGACUGUUGCAGUAAGCGAUUUUGUUUGGAAUUGAAAUGGUGGAUUUUUGCAUCCAUCGAUAACUUUUAUCCACAGGGAAACAACUAGAGAGUUUUGAACUCAAUGUGGAUGUAAUUUCAUGAAGUUACAUAUACUAAUGGCGAAGAAAAUGCAUUUACAAAGCGAACAUGUUUUGCAAAAACUGACCUCACGAACAAAAACAGAUGAAUUCGUGUUUUAAAUUGAGAUCGGACAUUUUUUGUCAAAAUUUAGCUUUCACUGACAGUUGUGUGUACUAAAUCUUUAGGUUAUUUGGAUUCGAUAUCGGACAUUUUUUGUCAAAAUUAACUUUCACUGACUGUUGUUUGUACUAAAUCUUUAGGUUAUUUGGAUUCGAUAAGUUUAUAAAUCCCACUUUAAGCUUUUUGGAAUUGACAACUGUUGUCGUGAUUUAAAUGUUUGAAGUUCGUCCAGUGACCAAGCGUCUCUUUGACCAUAUAUUUCUAAGCUUAAAUUUCCUCUAUCUGAAUAAAUUGACUAGUAGAAUAUUUAAAAGUAGAAAUGUCUGUUCUCUUAUUCGUUAGGACCAAUUUUAAAAAAGAAUAUAAAAUUGACAUUGGUGGAAGAAAACGAAGGAUUUAAAAUUAUGGUUUACAUUUAUGUACAAAAGUGAAAAGUGUAUGUUUAAGGUUCGUUUAUAAAACAGCAAAUAUUCUCGUUUUUACGAAAGAAUUCUUAAAACGAUCAGUCUUACACAUAACAGUGAAAGAUCUUUUAUGUCUCACAUUGUGUGGAACAAGGUCGUAUACUAUUUUUUUAAAGAAUUUGUCACAUAAUUGUUGUAUAUAUACACUCAGAAAGUUUACUAAUUUCUGCUUGUUCCAGUGCAUGACCAUGAGAAAUAUCAUACCGUAUAGAUGAUCUUCAUUGCACACUUUUGGAUUCGUCCCAAAGAUUUGUUCAAGUGAACUCCGGGUAAGCUAAAAUGGCAAACUUGACACGCGAAGAGAAGAAUUGAGCGAACACAAGCAAUGAUUCUACAAGAAUUACAGAACUACAGUAAUAUUCCCUUCCCUUAAAAACUUUCAAAAAGUCGACAAAUUUUAACAUCCUUCUUUGUUUUAUGUAGUGAAGCUAUCGCAAUGUUAAAAAAUCUGGAGAGUGUAUUUGAUAUGGAUCGCUUGCUAAAGCGGACAUUCUUGAUACUAUGUCCUGUGGAGAUAUAUGUAUACCUUUUAAAGACUGGGAGCUUUUCUUAUUUGGAAUUGUGCAUCACACUGAGGAAAUUACUGCCCGACAAAACAAGCGGUUCAUACACACAGGGUUUCGUAAGUGCAUUAAAUUAA